UCACUGCAUUGUUCGAGAGGGUGUCCAACGUCAUUGGACCACAUAACUCAAUAAAAAGUAUUAUCGCCUCCUCUUCUGUGCUCUCACCGGCCGAGAAGUCAGCGGCAUUAAUGGACUAUCCUAAAUCCCUUGCCGGGCAGUUUCGACUUUUUAUGACACUUGGACAGCGGUUUGGACACCAAGCUCCUCUACGUGUGCAGUUUUACGAGGAGGUAUUGGCCAGAGCGGAGGAGCUAUAUUCAAAUAUUAGGCCAAUGACUCCUUCAGAACAGAAAACACCGCCCGGGAAGUUCACGACAAACACAAAUGGCAUGGUUGCACUUGAUACUGUCGUCCGACAAGUAUUAGGGAAGAUCAACCCUCAUUUCGAGCUCAGAACGCAGCAUACUCCCAUAUUGACUUUGGCAUUUGAUGAAGCCCACACCUUGGCGCCUUCAAAUACUGGUAGGAGGUGGUCCGCAUUCUCAUCGAUCAGACGCGCUUUGCGGGGUUUACGGUCGUUCCCUAUCUGGACCCUCUUCUUAUCCACAGCAGGAAAGUCUGACCAAUUCUCCCCACCACCUUCCCUUGAUCCAUCGAGCCGCAUUCUCCAAGGUAAACUUGCCAGUGUCAAACCGUUCAGCGCACUAGGUUUCGAUCGCAUGGCGAUGAAGUUUCGUGAGGGCAUGACUCUGGAUGAUGUCACCAAGUUACCGUACAGGUUAUCAUUAGGCCGUCCCUUAUGGCUGACACGCUACCAAGAGGGCGGAGAACGCGUCAAAGCCACAAUCACCGUAUUUGCUGUCCAGAAACUUCUCUGCCGUGCGUGGGAAAAGGAUGACUUGACCCUCGAUGAAAAGUUUGCCGUGAUGUCUCAUCGCCUUGUGCUGGACUUCAAUACGAGCAUUUACUUUGGUCGGCACCGAACGUUGGCAGUAAGGAACCAGAUGAACCAAGUCGAGAGGCACAUGCGUGUAUGCUUGGGUGUCAAGGAUGGAUUUGAGUCUGUCGUUACGGUUGCAGCCUCGGAGCCGAUCCUCACCGAGGCCGCGGCUAUCAUCUUGUGCACCAUCCGGGAUAAGGUCCGGUCCUGUCAGAUGUUACGAGACAUUUUGGAGUGGCCUGGAAUGAGUAAGGGAGAUCGGGGAGAACUCAUUACGUGCAACAUUAUUCUCGACACCGUAGAUGACCUUAUGGGGGUCAUGGUGACCUCGUUGUUCGAGGCGCUCUUUACCCACGACAUCUAUCACAAGUCGAUCAAAGAUUCUUUGCCCUCAAAGCUGCUGACAGGCAGUUGCAACGACGCAUUUGCUGCUACAUUCAAGAGCUCACGCAUUUACGUUACGCAUUUCAUUAAGGUUUAUGAUUUCAAGGUACUCUCUGUCCAAUAUCUCUUUAAGCUUGCCGCCCGGGGUGUCGGAGUUGUCUGUGCGGAUAAUCAACAUGGCAUUGAUGUGGUCAUUCCAAUUCUUUAUCAAGACACCAUACUACGAAGGAACAAUAUGUCUGCCCUCAUGAUACAGUCGAAGAAUGAUCACUCUUACGGGACCAGCCCGACGGGACACUUAUUUGACAAGAUGGACCCAUUCGAACUUGGAAUUUUUGCCAAGUCAACAGGACCACCCCCAGUGAUUCGAAUGGUGAAUGCACUGGCAUCGAAGGAAUCCAAAGUUUCUGUAAUAAUGCCACCUGAACGGGUGCAGCCAUCAAGGCAAGAGAAACAGGUCCGCACGAGUGCCUUCACCUCAUUUGAUAUUUGGUGUGCCGGGGCUUCUUCAAGGACUUUUCGCACCAUUCGGUCCCAGGAUGACGGAACAUAUGAUGCCUUGCUGAAGUUGUCAAAGGAUGUCCCUGCAAUGUUUGAGCCUGAUGAAGAAUUUAUGCGGGAUGCUGUAAGGAGUAUGUACCCUGGCGGAGCUUGUGAUGCUGGUCAUUGGUCAUUUUGUAGUACUAGUUGAAUU